ACCUGUGCAGAGGAGGGCUUCAUUGAAACAGCCUGGUUCGACAGUAGUCUGUAAGUAAUCCGGAGAAUUACUAGAAAUAUGAUACGCUCCAUUUCCAGGACUCAUUUUAUCUGCUGUGGUGCCUUUCUUCUCAUCCUUUUGGGAGCCAUCUAUGUCUACUCAGGAUAUCCACCUCUAUUCAACAGCUUUUGCCAGCCAUGUGAUAAUUUCCGUGAUCCAGAAUUAAAGUUUAUAGAGAUCAAGGGUUGCCCGGAAAAAGGCAGCUGGAGGAUCAGAGACCUAAAAAUGGAAACUGGAGUGAAAUAUGCUCAGCCAAGCACACAGAGAGGACGCACUGAUGUGAACGCAGUGACAAACUGGAACGCUCCUCUGGUCUGGGAGGGAACCUUUGACCCUGUGGUUAUAGAUGCAAUCUAUAAGAGGCUGGACCCAAGAGUGGCUGUGGUGGUUCUCGCUGUUGGAAAAUACACCCGUUUCCUGAAAGGCUUUCUGGAGUCGGCUGAAAAGUACUUUCUUGUUGACUUCCGGGUCACUUACUACAUCUUCACAGACAAUAAACAAGAUGUUCCCAAAAUUGAACUGGGUACGGGCAGGAAGAUCACAGUUCUCGAUGUCCCUAGUGCCACCCGCUGGCAGGAUGUAGUACUGAGCCGGAUGAAAUGGGCCACCAUCGCCAUCGACAAACAGAUCCGUAAUGAAGCAGAUUAUCUUUUUAUGAUGGACAUCGACAGUAUCUUCCACAGCCGCUUCGGAGCAGAGUCCCUCAGCCCGCUAUCUGCUGUGCUUCACCGUGGCUACUACAAGAAAUACAGGAAUUAUUUUCCAUAUGAGCGUCGGGGCACGUCCAAGGCGUACAUCCCUCCUGAUGAAGGAGACUACUAUUACACUGCUGCUGUCUGGGGUGGAUACCUGGAGGAAAUGUACAAGCUAGUCAAGUACUGUUACAUUCAGUCGGAGGAGGAUGCCAAGAAUAACAUUGAAGCUGUGUGGCAGGAAGAGAGUUACCUCAACAGGUACCUGUUGUACAACAAACCAACCAAGGUGCUGUCUCCAGAGUACUUGUGGUCAGAUUACGAUCAGGUACCAGCGGACAUCAAAGUGGUCAGGAUCUCCCAGCUGGUUAAGAAUUAUGCAGAGGUGCGGCCCAAUGGUGGACAGUGACAUAGAGUCAAUUCAAUAUUCAGGACAUCAAACCUUUCUUAAUGAUCAUUGGAAGAGCUGGUAUGCAUUGCUUUCCCAAGUAAGGUACAGGUACGAUACAAUGUGGUGUCAUGAUGUCUUGUCUUCUAAAGCACUGACAUUAUCUGAAUUCUCAGGGAUUAACAGUGUAUUACCUUUUUAUUGCGUUUCACUUUUCUACCCCUGUGACGACAACGGCCCGGGCCAGAUGCAUUUUGUUUUCGGGUUGUCCGUUUGUCCCAUUCUGGUCAAUUUGAUGGAAUUUGUUUAGAUUCAGCACAAAUGUUCACUUGGACUCAAAGAUGAACUGGUUUAACAUAUUUUUACAUUGCUACAUAAAUUAACUUAAUUAUUAUUGUUAUUAUUAUUAUUAGUUUACUUUUACCUUCAUCAGGCCAAAACUACUCUAUGUGAGCAUGUGUAUGUAAACGUAGGUAAUCGUACUUUCAGAUGAGGUCAAGUGUGAUAUGUAUGGCAGUAACAGAAGGGUGUACGUAAGGGGACGAACAGGACUAGGGGGUGUUCUGCCUAUUAAGGAUUUUCACACCUUCACUAAACUGACUCCACCCUGACCGAGGAGAGGCACCACUGCAUCCUUCAGAGACAUGCUGCAGCCUCUGGUUUGAAUCUUCGUGGAGAAGGAUUCAUACUGCAGCGAGACAAACACACCUCAAAGCUUUGCUAGAACUACUUGGAGAACAGGGACGAACAAGGAGUCCCAACCGCCAUGGACUUUCCUCCACAGCAAAAUAAAGUCUAAAAAAAAAAAAAACAACUUAUUUUUGGAUUGUUGUAUUUGGUUUUUCCUUGUGAAUUGAAGACCCCAGGUGACUGACAUUAAUGGGGAGGGCUGGAAACUGUUGUCAGUAUUCCAUAUACCCUGCCCAAAUCUGCAUCUAUAAAUCACGAGCAGAGGUCCCCAUCACCCAGAUUAGUGAUUAUCAAAGCCAUGCCACCUCAACUUCACAUUAUAAUGAAUUAUUAUGUUGUGAAGAGCAGGUCUGGAGGAGAAGCUCAUCAGAGGCUGUACAGGGCAGCGGUCAACAACCUUUUUUGCACCAUGGACCAGUUUUGGAAAGACAAAUUCUCAGAACCGGUUGUUGUUUGGUUCUUUUAGUUUUAGUAGGUCUAAUAAUCGGCUCUUACAAAACAUAACCAUAUAAUAGGAACACAACAACUGAAACUCACCAUGGAGCUGAAUAACUGGGAACCCUGAGCGUGAUGGUCCCAUGUGGGGGUGAUGGGACAGAGAGUGACACCUGAAGUGUGCUUCGUAUGUCCAGUCUACUCGGUACCGGUCCAUGGCCUGAUGGUUGGGGACCACUGAUGUAGAGGACUGAGUUCAGGUGCUUUGCUCACCUGCAGCAGAAGCCUGGGCACUCUCCUGCAAUAGUUGACUGCAAGUGUGUGAGUUCAUUCGUUCCUUGGACUUUGCAGUAUUUACCUGUGAUGUUAAAGUUAUGUUGUUAGUUUUGUAUCAUAACUCUUGAUAAGUUUAGAUAUUUUCUUUGUGUAACUGUAAAUUUAUAUUUUCUGUUUAUAUAAAAAAACCAGCAUCAAUUGUUGUCCACCUUCUUGGCCUAGACCCACUACUACCUAUACAGUAUGAGCCUAAGAGACUGCAAUAAAUCAUAAUGGGAUGGGA